AUGCACGGCAACGGCGGGACGGCCGGUGCCGGGACAUCAGGCUCCGGUUCCGCCGGCGGCGGCGGCGGCGGAGACCACCUGCACCACCACCACCAGCGCCUGCACAGCCCCCGCAUGGCCGGCGGCGGGGGCUCCAUGACGCGCCGGGCCAGCUCGUUCAAGCGCGGCGCGGGCGGCGAGAUCGAGGUCCAGAUCGGCUCCCCGCGCUCGCCGAGGUGCGACGGGCUGGGAAGCCCGCCCUCGGACUCCGUGGACCCGUCCGGUGGCGGCCUCCACCACCACCACCAGAGCCAGCAGAACCAGCACCUCCGGUUCCGGCCCUUCAAGCCGCCGGUCUCCGGCGGCAGCGCGGUCGAGGUCGGGCUCGGCCUGGGGAUCCGGGAGAGGAGGAAGCUCGGGAACAUGCUGUUCCUCGCCUUCUGCGGCGUGUGCUUGCUCCUCGGCGUCGCCAAGAUCUUGGCGGGCGGCUGGUUCGCCCUCCCUGGCAAUGACAAAGACGCCGAUUUGAAGGAUCUCUCUGUCUCCUUCUCUGGUGAGAAAGUGCAUCAAGUUGGCCAUCACUUCGUAUACAUGGGAGGAAAAGAGAGUGACAGGACUUUGAUGACUGUGGAAUCUAGCAUCAGUGGAAGAGAAGACAGUGUGGCUGAGGCCUCUGAUGUCUGGUCUCAGCCAAGCAGUACAAAUUUCAGACAAUGCAUUGUUUCAAACUCUCAUAAAAAGCAAGAUUCUCAUACGAAUGGUUACAUUAUCAUAAACGCAAAUGGAGGUUUGAAUCAAAUGAGAUUUGGGAUAUGUGAUAUGGUUGCUGUUGCUAAGAUCCUGAAGGCAACUCUGGUUCUUCCUUCACUCGAUCAUACAUCCUACUGGGCAGAUGACAGUGAAUUUAAGGACCUUUUCAACUGGAGGCACUUCAUUGAGUCACUGAAAGAAGACAUUGAUAUUGUUGAAACACUUCCCCCUGAAUACAGUGGCAUUGAACCAUUGGCUAAAGCUCCGAUAUCUUGGUCGAAGGUGCAUUAUUACAGAGAUGAAAUCCUCCCCCUUCUGAAGAAACACAAAGUCAUUUACUUUACACAUACAGAUUCUCGCCUUGCUAACAAUGGCCUUCCUAGUUAUAUUCAGAAACUAAGAUGCCGAGUUAACUACAGAUCUUUGAAGUAUUCUCAUACAAUUGAAGAUCUUGGUAAUACCCUAGUUUCAAGGAUGCGUCAGGAUGGAAGCCAAUAUCUUGCUCUCCAUCUAAGGUAUGAGAAGGACAUGCUAGCUUUUACUGGUUGCAGCCAUAACUUGACAUCAGAAGAAGAGGAGGAACUGCGUAAAAUGCGUUAUGAAGUCAGUCACUGGAAAGAGAAAGAAAUCAAUGCUACUGAGAGAAGAAGCCUUGGUGGCUGUCCUUUGACACCAAGAGAAACUUCACUAUUACUCAAGGGAUUGGGUUUCACUCGAAGCACAAGAAUUUACUUGGUUGCUGGUGAAGCUUUUGGCAAUGGAAGCAUGAAAGCUCUGAAGGAUGAUUUUCCCAAUAUUUAUUCUCAUUCUACACUGGCUACAGAAGAGGAACUUGCACCCUUCAAAAAUCAUCAGAAUAUGCUUGCUGGUCUUGAUUACAUCGUGGCUCUUCAGAGUGAUGUCUUUAUUUACACUUAUGAUGGAAAUAUGGCAAAGGCUGUACAAGGCCAUCGACGUUUUGAGAACUUCAGAAAGACUAUUAACCCAGACAGGAUGAGUUUUGUGAACCUGAUAGAUGAAUUUGAUGAAGGAAGAGUGCCUUGGGAUAUAUUCAGCUCAGAAGUGAAAAGAUUACACAAAGAUAGAAUAGGUGCUCCAUAUUUUAGGGAGCCUGGAGAAUUCCCAAAGCUAGAAGAGUCUUUCUUUGCAAAUCCAGUGCCUGGCUGUAUAUGUGAGAAACAUAGUGAAGAAUGA